AUGGCCCAAGACAAUAGCCCUGUACCCAAGUCGGUGCCCUUGCAUCAACAAGCAGGUAAAUACUUCCAUACUUUACACACUCAGGACUUAUCUAAUCUAUAUCAACAAUGCUACAAACAAUUUGACGAAACCAUAAAUCAAUUAGUCGAUUCUGCAUCGCCCUCCAUUGCCGACAUUGGCGAACAGAUAGCAAAUAUCACAAGUACAUAUAAGCUUCUCUCGACGAAUGAAUUGGAGUCCAACUCGUUCCAGAGUGGUAUUAAGGAUUUGAAGAAAAAUUUCAAGCAACAAUCAGACGCCUGUCCACAAAUCGACCUCUCCACCUGGGAUAAAUACCGUACCGGUGAGCUCACCGCUCCCAAACUAUCUGAGCUCUAUCUGAACAUGCCUGGACCUGCGCCCACUGCUAUAGUGAACAACACAGAUACACUCAAGAUACUAAAAGUAUUGCCGUAUAUUUGGGACGAUCCGACCUGCGUGAUACCGGAUUUACAAAACCCCACAGGCGAAGAUGAUCUACAAAUAGAAGGUGGUAAAAUUGAAUUAACCUGUCCCAUAACUUGUAAGCCAUACGAAACACCACUGAUAUCAAAAAAAUGCAGCCACGUUUUCGAUAAGAAUGGUAUUCAAAACUAUUUACAGGGAUACACGACAAGAGACUGUCCGCAAGCCGCGUGUUCUCAGGUCGUUUCCAUAAGAGAUUUUGUUAGGGACCCCAUCAUGGAAUUGAGGUGUAAGAUUGCUAGAAUCAAAGAGUCUCAAGAACAAGAUAUGAGAAAUAAUCAAGCCAUCGAUGUUCUAUGA